AUUCAAAAACUUUGAGGACAUGGAUCUGAUCUGCAGCCAGGAAGCAACCGUGCGUUUUAAUCUGCACGGCGGGAUCCAUACCCACAUGAAUGUGGUGUUUGACAAACUUUCUCAGUUGUCCUUUACAAUUCAUGGCCUGUUGGUGGUGCUGCAGCCUGCACUGAGGAGCUUUCCGGACAAAAGCUCCUUGUUCAAAAAGAUUCUCCCCAAUUGGUGGACAAAGACAAACGUUCCAACGUUGGAAAGUGUCAUUUUUGGCAAAGCCAUAAAGAAGAAAUUGGCAGCGGAUGGUAAAAGCUCAGUGAUAGAAGGGAAAUACCUGCAGCAUGCCUACCGUUUCCUCUCUGCGCUACGGUCCUGCUUGCUGCUUUCCUAUGAUGGUUUCUACAGCUAUUUCAGCUCAGUGUCAGAAACGCUGCCUUCCCCCUGCAAGCUGGAGCUCGAAAAUCUCAAUAUGAAAGCCCGGCUUAGCGACUUACAAGACAAAGUGACAGAAAUAGAGGACCCCAGUGAUCUGGCAGAAGCAAUUAAUGCCUGCCUAUUAGAGCUGUCGGGUCUAUUGCUCAAUCUGUGGGGAACAUUCCUACAAUUCUCCUUUAAGCGGGAAAUGGAAGCUUUUAUUGAAGAAAAAGCAAGGGAAGAAAAGAUCGGCAAAUUGUUCUUUUCUACCCAGCAUCCCCGGCAAGGAGCUCUUACCUACGAUGAGAAGAUAACCCAAAGCCACAAACAGAUUUAUAAAGAAGUGAAGAAAUCUCCCAGAGACAGCUGUUCCCUCGAGUGCCCCGGAAUGGACUGCGUGGUGCGCUCUCCUCCUGCAAUCUUUGAGGACCGGUACCUGGAUCCAAACGAGGGACUUCAGCCAAUCUGUGAUGGCGAUACUUUAAUACAAGUGUUAAACAAGUUCAAAGAAGAACUGAAUCGACUGAUAGAUUGGUCCCUUUGCGGUGAAUGCAUUCGUCUGGCCCCCAGAAACCUGUAUCUGCGUUUGGUGCUGGACAAUGGCUCCGAUGAAGGGAUCCGCGUGCAUUUCAGGAUGAGCCAGAAAAACAAUGAAAACAAGCAGAUAGUCUUCCUUUCCUUUAGAUACGGAAGCAUUGGUGGAAGAACUGAUCACUUGGAGUAUCUAGGAAGCAGGGUAAGUACUGUAGGGAGAAGCUCUUAUUGGCUGGGCCCUCGCUAUAUUCUGCAUUGCUGGUUCUGACUAUAGAAACAAUGUUAUAGAAGCCGACUGUUUCAGUAGUCGGGACCGGCAGUGCGGA